AUGAAGAUAGUCAGCCGCAAUGAGGAGUUACUUGGGGAUGCCCUUUCCCUCCUCCCUCAGUCAAGCAGCAGGACCAGCCUGUCCAGCCACAACAAACUGAUUCGAUUUGAAGACAUUAGUGCAGCAGCUUUCAAAAUCCAGUCCGGUGUUCAGAAAACCCCUUGCAUGUACUCCAGGCUAUCCAAGCUGUAUGGAGUUGACCUCUACCUAAAGAAAGAGUUCCUCCAGUACACGGGAUCUGUGAAGGAGAGAGGUGUGCUUUAUCUUCUGACAUCACUGCCUCAGGAUCAGCAAAGGAAGGGAGUGAUUGUGGCUUCAGAUGGGAACUUUUCCAUGGCUGUUGCUUACCAUGCCUCAGAGCUUCAUAUCCCAGUUUUUGUCAUCAUGUCAACCAGCACUUCCCCUGCCAGAGUGAAAAUGUGCCGUGAGUACGGUGCCAUGGUUAUAUCCUAUGGCACUACAGCUAAGGACUCCCAGAUGCAUGCAAGAAGGCUGGCACAGGAAAAUGGUUAUCUCUACCUGGAAGAGGAGGACAGUGCUGUGUACCUGUCAGGCCUUGGCACCAUGGGGCUGGAGAUGUACGAGCAGGUGCCCAAGCUGGAUGCAGUGAUUUUGCCUGCAGGAGGCCACUGUGGCUUGCUGGCAGGCUCGGCUGCUGCACUAAAACACCUCAACCCACGUAUUUCUGUCAUUGGGGUUGAAUCUGAAAGCUUUCCUGUAUUGCAGCAGUCCCUGAAGGCUGGCCAUCCAGCUGAAGACCAGGCUUGCAACAACCAUCACUUUUAUGGAGAUGUGAGUGGACUUUGCUUUGGCAGCAACUCUUUGCAGCUGACUGGGAAACUUGUGGAUAAGGUUGUUGCUGUGAGUGAGGAGGACGUCCUCAUUUCAAUGCUGAGAUUGCUGGAGUACGAGCGAGCCACAGUCGAUGCAGAAGGGGCCAUUGGGCUUGCAGCACUGGUUGCUGGGAAGCUGCCUGAGUUGAAGGGUAAAAGGCUUCAGCACUUAGGACUUAAGCAGCUUGAGCCCCAGCUCAGGGUAUAG